AUGGCCGCCGCUGCCGCCACACCACGCGACCCGGAAAAGGAUUCUUUCCCAGCAGACGACGCCCGCAGUCGUGGUGAUGACCAGAGUCGGUCGAGCGACAGCGACGAUGAGGAAGCAAUCACCGAGAUUGGUCGGGAUGGGGACACGUCCCGUAGACCCGCAGACGCCGACCCGGCCGGCGGAGACCCAUCGGCCGGCGACGCCCCGGCGCGAACGCGGUCCCGUGCCUCCUCCACCCGCUCCCGCGCCCUCUCUGUCGUCGCCAGGUCCAAGAGACGCGGCCUUUUUGCCCAGCUGGCAGCCAUCCCGGAAGUGGACAACCCCUAUAACUACGCGGAUAAGACGAAAUGGACAAUUACCUUGAUCAUCGCCCUCGCCGCCGCCGUGUCCCCUAUGGGAUCCUCCAUCUUUUAUCCUGCCCUGCCUGAGAUGUCCAAGGAAUUCGACGUCUCGCCUACCAUCACCAACUUGUCCGUGGCGUUUUACAUGCUGGCCAUGGCCAUCUUCCCACUGUGGUGGUCGUCCUUUUCCGAGACCCUGGGCCGCCGGACCAUCUACCUGCUGUCGUUCACCCUUUUCGUGGUCUUCUCCAUUCUCAGCGCCGUGAGCGUCAACAUCAGCAUGCUCAUCGUCAUGCGCCUCUUCGGCGGCGGAGCAAGCGCCAGUGUGCAGGCGGUCGGGGCCGGUACCAUUGCCGAUAUCUGGGAGCCGCGUGAAAGAGGCCGUGCCAUGAGUAUCUUCUACCUCGGUCCCCUGACGGGGCCUCUCUUGGCUCCCAUCAUCGGCGGAGCACUAUCGCAGCGCUUCGGAUGGCAGUCGACGAUGUGGGCGCUGGCCAUCUAUGGCGGCCUGGUCCUCUUCAUGAUACUCUUUUGCCUCCCGGAGACCCUGGCGCGACCCAAGCCCGCGGCCCCGCCCCGUGCCGCGUCCGCCGGCGAUAAGGUGGCCCUCUCACGGACCAGGACGACCGAGUCGGUCAAGGUGCACUCCAAGAGGGCGGCGGCGCUCCUCAAAAAGUCUCUCGUCGACCCGCUGUCGGUGCUACUCUACCUGCGCUUCCCCCCCGUCGCCAUCACCGUCUUCUUUGCCGCCAUUACCUUCGGCGCCCUCUUCUUCGUCAACAUCUCGGUCCAGGCCACGCUCUCUGAGGCGCCGUAUGGCUUCACCGAGCUUAUCGUCGGCCUGUUCUACUUCCCCGCGGGGCUGGGCUACUUCCUUGCCUCGCUCCUCGGCGGCCGCUGGCUCGACGUCAUCAUGGCCCGCGAGGCCCGCAAAGCCGGCCGCUACGACGCCGAUGGCAAGCUCGUCAUGCUCCCGGAGGACAGGAUGCGCGAGAACAUUUGGAUCGCCGCCACGGUGUACCCCGCCUCCCUGAUCUACUACGGCUGGGUGGUGGAGAAGGGCCUCUUCUGGUUCGUGCCGUGCAUCGGCCUCUUUACUUUCGGAGCCAGUUCCAUGCUCGUCUUCGGCGCCGCCACUACCAUGCUGACCGAGUUCAUGCCCAAGCGGAGCUCGGGCGGCGUGGCGGUCAACAACUUUGUCAGGAACAUUUUCAGUUGCGUAGGCGCGGUCGCCGCGCAGCCCGUCAUCAGCGCCAUCGGGAACGGCUGGCUAUUCACCAUAUUGGGCAUCUUCACGUGGAUCUCGGGUUAUGUCUGCGUCUGGACUCUGAGGAGGAACGCCCCCAGGUGGAGGGAGAGUAUGGAUAAGGCGAUGAACAACUAA